CUGAGUUUGAGGGAGAGAGAGAGUAAGAAGAAAGGAGGCUGAAUCAGUGUUCGAAAGCAACAGUUAAACUAAUCCAAGAUUUGAUCUUAUCAGUACACUGAAGGUGGUGUCGACAUGAACAAUAACCAGACACCAGGUCCCCAGUAUGUGAACCAUGGGUUUCAACAGAGGGAGGGAAGACCCCCUCCAUACGCCUCUGCCCCAAAGAUGCCCAAUGUCCCCCCUUCUAUUUGCCUUCAGUACACCCCCCAGUACAUCCCCCAGACCAUCAAUACCCACCACAUGGUCACCCCUGGACUACCACACCCAUUUCCAGAACGAAAGGUGUUGAAGAAAAGUCACUGUAAAUGUAUUGUGGCCUCUAUCCUGAGUGUCUUCGUUCUUCUUGGGGCAACAGGAGUGUUGGUUUGGUAUUUAUUGUCCAACCAGUGUGUGUUGGGGAGGUCCUGUAGGCAGGGAGGUGUGUGUCUGAGUGCAUCCAAGUGGUGUGAUGGCAUCAGAGACUGUCCAGGAGGAGAGGACAAGACACAGUGCCACUGUGGUGUCAGUAUAGCUGCCCCUUGGAGCCGAAUCGUAGGGGGGGACAUAGCAGUGAGCGGGGCCUGGCCAUGGCAGGUCAGCCUGCACGCCAGGGGCCAGCACUUGUGUGGAGGCUCCAUCAUCAGCCCUGAGUGGAUCCUCACUGCCGCCCACUGCGUAGAAACGCUAUCAGGGCCCAGUCAGUGGACGGUGUAUGCUGGCUAUCUGACCUUGACCCAGAUGGCUUUUGCCACUGGGAAUUCAGUGGGACACAUCAUCUCUCAUGAAAAGUACGACAAGCAGACUAGUGAUAAUGACAUCGCUCUUAUGAAACUCAGCACACCCCUCACUAUGUCAGAUACGGUCAGACCAGUCUGUCUGCCCAAUGUCGGUGUGAAUCUGACUCCCCAGCGAGAAACCUGGAUCUCUGGAUGGGGGUCCAUUACAAGUGGUGGGUCGUCGUCAGAUAACCUGCGUCAGGCCCAGAUCACCAUGUACAGCAGAGAGACAUGUAAUGCACCGUUGGUGUAUGAUGGACUUGUCACUGCAUCUAUGAUCUGUGCUGGGACACUGGCAGGAGGAGUGGACUCAUGUCAGGGGGACAGUGGAGGACCAAUGGUGGCCAAGAAGGGUUCUGUAUGGUGGCUGGUAGGGGACACUAGCUGGGGUAUAGUUUGUGCCCUGAGGAACAAACCAGGAAUCUACGGCAAUGUCACCCACUUCCUCCCCUGGAUAUAUGAACAAAUGCAGAAAAAUUGAUGGAGAUGCCAAUGAAGAUGCACCCUGUUGCUUAUCAAAUUCACCUGUCUGAAAUGUGGCUUUUGAAUACAUUACAUGUACACUGCUUUCAGAUCUUUUUGGUGCCUGUUGACUCAUAAUAUUUAAGUAUUUAAGUUCUAAGGGAAUAUCCAUUUGAUUUUUUUAAAUUAAGAUAUUUUUAUCAUGUUGAGGGAAGGUAUGCAGGAAUUGUCUUAUUGAAAGGGAGUCCUGUACACUGUGCAUACUUGCACACAUAUAAAUCCAUGUUUUGGUCAUACCUUUUUUGUUUUACGUCAUCACAGCCUUUUCUAAUUUG